UUGCCAACCGCCAUAAAACAUCAAAAGAAGAAGACAUUGGUUUGUCAACACCAGAAGAAGAUUUCUUGAAAACUAUGAACCCUGACGCGGUGGUGAAAAAGCAGCUUGCUUUUCGAGUUGUGUGCGCGUUGAUUUGCAGCGAUAAACAGAAACAGAUAAAGAAAAAGAAACGAAUAUGGAAGAGAGAAUGUCCGGGACGUCGCGAGCAGCAUGGGCUGUCUGUUCUGCAGAGAGAGUUGGAGAUGACCGAUGAGAAUGGGUUCGGGAUGCUGCUGAGGAUGACAGCAGAGGAGUUUGAGUUUCUGCUGCAGAUGGUCGGGCCCCUCAUUACAAAGCAGCACACAAAAAUGAGACGGGCGAUAUCUUCAAGAGAUCGCCUGUCUGUGACCUUGCGGUUUUUGGCAACAGGCAAAACAUUCAGUUCCCUCAGUGCACUGUACAGGAUUGGGGCCAGCACUAUUUCAAAGAUAGUUAUGGAGACCUGUGGUGCUCUGUACCAGCUUAUGAAAACAGACUUCCUGAAGACACCAUCAACAGAAACAGAAUGGCGGGAAAUAGCCCAGGACUUUGAAUCGAAAUGGCGAUUUCCACAUUGCCUAGGUGCACUUGGAGGAAAACAGAUUUAUAUACAGCCUCCAGUAAAAAGUGGCUGCCUUGACAAUAAUAACAAGGGCAGGUUAUAUGUGACAAUAAUGGCUGCUGUGGAUGCAAAUCACAAGUUCAUUUAUGCCAGUUUGGAAACCCAAGAUAAGGUCUCUGAUGCUGGACUGUUCGCUCACUCAGACUUGUGUAAAGCGAUGGAUCAGGGUCUGCUGAAUUUUCCUCCACCUGAACCAUUGCCCAACAGUGACAUAACAAUGCCGUACAUGUUUGUGGGUGAUGAGACGCAUCCUUUAAGGCCUGAUUUCAUGAAGCCAUAUCCAAAUCAAGAGAUGGACCACAGUCAGGGGGUACUAAACUAUCGUCUUUCAAGGGCACGUAGAGUUGCAGAAAAUGCAUUCAGCGUUCUAGCAAGCAGGUUAAGGGUUUUCAGGAACACCAUAUUCUUGGAGCCUGACAAAGUGGAGAAGAUCACUAUGGCCUCUCUAUGCAUCCAUAACUUCCUCUGCGAGCGCAGGUCUGAGGCAUAUACAUGUCCAGCAUUUGCAGAUUUGAAGAAUGGGGACCACAGCAUAGCUGAAGGAACCUGGAGGAAUCCAGGGCAAGGGACUUGUCAGCCGCUUGAGCAAAGAGAGGAACACAAUGCAUUAGCUACGGCAGAAGUGCAACGAAAUCUUCUGCGUGACUACUUUGUCUCGCCGGCAGGUUGCAUUCCUUCACCAGAGGAACACAUUUAGUAUUAUAGGAAUGUUGGACUAGUAUUUUUGUAUUGGAGAACACUCAAAUGUCAAAUGCAUUUUUUAGCACUCUUCGCAAUACGCAUAGUUUCAAAGCAGCUUUACAGAAAAAUAUUUUGUGUGAGGGAGAGAUUCUGACAGAAUGCCUCUUUGCUUUUU